UGCUGGAGUGGAAGCGACGCCCGUCAGGUGACGCCAGCGGCAGCCAUCUUGCCGGAGGCAGAAAGCGCGCUGCCGGUGUGUCGCCUCCACGCUUCGUUGCUGGUGCACGCUGUUCUCUUCAAAGUUUUCAAUGAGUGCAAGUCUUGCCCUUGGAUAAUGGUUACCUCCUGCGUUACCUACGGAUGCACAAACAGGCUGAAGAAAGGUUGUGGCCUCACAUUUCACCUGUUUCCAAAGAAUGCAGAAGUUCGGAGUCUUUGGGAGCGGGCAGUUCGCCGUGAAGGGUGGCGCGCUAAGGAUGGAGACCGCCUGUGCUCUGUACAUUUCAGUCCUGAGUGCUUUGACCGCACUGGGCAAACGACGCGACUGCGGGUGGGAAGUGUGCCCACGUCGUUUCCAGCUUUUCCGCCUCAUCUGCAGAAACCUGUCAAACAGAAGCGUCCCGACCCCGUCUCGAGAUUUCCCGGCCCCGCCUGGUCCUGA